UUUAUAAAUUCACUCCCUUUUCUUCCUUUUUGGCACCUUCUCCCCCUCCCACAAAAUAUUGUCUUCAUUCUCUACUCCUUACCAUUUCUGUCUUUAAUUAAUUAUUCUCUAUCAUGGCAUCAAUGGACGUCGAGAAAUUAAUCUCCGACGUAAAGUUAACGUCCGUCGUACCAGCGAAAAUCACCGGAGCGGAUAAAGUUCAUGAACUUACUAACAUGGACUUAGUCAUGAAGUUGCAUUACAUUAAGGGUCUUUAUUUUUUCAACAGUGAUGCAGUUGAAGGUUUGAAUAUAAAUGACUUUAAAAAACCCAUGUUUCAUUUUCUUGAGCUAUAUUAUGAGACUUCCGGCAGGAUUAGGAGGUCGGAGGACGGCGGUGGCCGGCCGUUCAUAAAGUGUAAUGACGGUGGUGUUAGGAUUAUCGAAGCUAAGAGUAGCAAAACAAUUGAGGAGUGGCUGGCUAUGAAUGAUUCUUCUGUUAAUGAUCAGCUUGUUUAUGAUCAAGUUCUUGGUCCUGAGUUGGGCUUUGCACCUCUUGUGUUCAUUCAGUUCACUUGGUUCAAAUGUGGAGGGAUGUCAAUAGGGCUAAGCUGGGCUCAUGUUCUUGGAGAUGUAUUUUCAGCUUCAAAUUUUAUCAACAUGUGGGCACAAAUCAUGGCUGGUCAUCAACUCCCACCUCAGUCUCUUAACAACUCAAGAACCAAUAAAUUCAUCAAUCCAUUAUUAUCUACAGUUGAGAAUUUGCCAUUUUCUCUAAAGAGGGUUGAUCCUGUUGGUGAUCAUUGGAGAAUCACCAACACUUGCAAAAUGAUAUCACAUUCUUUUCACAUUACAGAAAAGCAACUAAACCAACACAUUUCCAAGAUUUUUGGACCUAAACAAUCAGCUAAAGUGAAGCCUUUUGAUGUAAUUUCUGCUACAAUGUGGAAAAUUUUGGCUAAGGUAAGGGGGGAAUCAGCAGAGCCUGGGAUUGUCACAAUUAUAUGUAGGGACAACUCUUGUGACAGAGAAAUAACUCAAGUGUCUAACAAUGGUCAAGUGAUUAGCAUCGUUGAAGCUGAUAACGUUAAGGUUUCAAAGGCAAAUGUUUUUGAAUUGGCAAAGUUGAUAGCUGAAAAGGGUGUGGAUGAGACUAAAGUUGUUGAAGAAUUAAUGGAGAAAGAAAAUGGUAUAUUAGACUUUGUUGUGUAUGGUGCAAAUCUUACAUUUGUGAAUCUUGAAGAGGCAAAUAUUUAUGGGUUUGAACUUAGGGGUAAAAAACCACUUUUUGCAAGUUAUAAUAUUAGUGGGGUUGGUGAGGAAGGUGUUGUUUUGGUGUUAGCAGGGCCUGCAAAUUUGAAUGGAAGGAUAGUGAAUUUGGUUUUGCCUGAGGAUCAAAUUGAAGGGUUUAAAUAUGAGUUGAAAGAGGAAUUAGGCGUCUUCUGAAAUUAAUAGCAUUUAAUAAAGUUCUUAGUUACUCCAUGUCAUAUGUGUUUAAGGAUGGAGAAUGGAACCAGUUGUAUUUGGUACUACUGUUAUAAUUUUGGAUAAUUUCUUUGUGGUUUGCGAGAUUAUGCUCACCUCUCCUAUUUUGAAUUUUUAUGUAAACUUUGUAUUUUUUGAUAAUAAUAUACUGUUAGGUAUUUGUCCA